AUGAUAUAUUUGCCUCUUCAAGAAAUCUAUAGGUCUGGUUUUGGUUGCAUGUCAAUGGCGCCGGGUGCUGGCUCCGCACCUGCUGGCUCUGUCGGAAUCUUUAGAACUAUUGGAUUUAGUUGUGCAUCUAGUCCCGCCACUGAUUCUAGUCGAGCACAAGAGUUAUUGAAUAAUACAAAGAAGUCCUGGGCUCAAUUCAAUGUGCAUGAUCAUGUAUCUGAUCUAGGGAUACACUCCCCUAUCGAGUCAUAUAAUCUUGAUAUCAGAGAUGAUAUUAGGAUAGCAUACUUGGAGAAGGAUUCUUGUCAACCAUAUGGACAUGAUUUUCUAAGAAGAAAGAUGGGGAAUGAUAAUAGAUGUCUUCGGAAAGAAUGGUUCUCCGAAUUUUAUUGUUUGGAGUACAAUAUAGAAAAGGAUGCGGCAUACUGUUUGCAUUGCUACAUAUUCAAACCCAAUAGAAAGGGUCAAAAGAGUGGACAUAUAUUUACUAAGAUCGGCUUUAAGUAUUGGAAGCACAAAAAGACAUUGAAAGAUCAUGGAUUGUCAUUUCGUAGUCAUAAUGAAUCUAAAGAGUCUCUUAAUAGAGGAAAUCUAAUUGAGCUACUGAAUUGGAAUACAGCUCAUUGUAAGGAAAUUAAAGAAAUAUUAUUUAGUAAUGCUCCUUGA